GCGGCACUCGUGCUCCGCACAGUGGUGGGACAGCGCAUUACAGGCCAGUUCUCUAUGAACAAUUAUUAUAGAGCAAGUUGCAGACGGGCUCCUGUCGGUGUGUGGCAGGGUCUGACGGGACAGAGGAGACAUGGAGGAAGCCUGGAUGGAGAAAGUGGACUGCUGCAGCGUCACCUGGGCGCUCGUUGCUGGGCUUCUGGGUCUGCUAUACUGGUACUCUGUGUCUGCGUUCUCCCAGCUGCGGGAAAUGGGGAUAAGACAUCCUAAGCCCGUUCCUCUCAUCGGGAACGUUCUGCUCUUCCAGAAGGGAGUCUGGGAUGGCACAAGUGAAAUCCUGCGGACGUAUGGACCAAUCACUGGGUAUUACAUGGGGAGGCGUGCAGUGGUGCUCUUAUCAGACCCCGAGUCCGUCAAACAGGUCCUGCAGAAAGACUUUGCAAACUUCACCAACAGGAUGAAGCUGAACCUGGCCACUAAGCCUAUGAGUGACAGCCUGCUGUGUCUCCGGGACGAGCAGUGGAAGCGAGUGCGCAGUGUUCUGACGCCAUCCUUCAGUGCAGCGCGCAUGAAAGAGAUGUGCCCCCUGAUAAACCAGGGCUGCGACGUGCUGGUCAGUAGCUUGCAGCGAUAUGCUGACUCUGGGGAAUCCUGCAACGUCCAAAGAUGUUACGCCUGUUACACGAUGGACAUUGUGGCCAGUGUAGCGUUCGGCACCAGAGUGGAUUCCCAGGAGGAUCCGGAUCACCCCGUGGUGCAGAACAGCAAAAAGUUUCUGGAGUUGUUCACCCCCUUCAAGCCGCUGAUCCUGCUGACAUUGGCAUUUCCGUCCAUCAUGAUCCCCAUCGCCCGUCUUCUACCCAAUAAGAACCGUGAUCAGAUAAACGGCUUCUUUCGCAAAUUCAUUAGGAAUAUGAUCGCUCAGCGAGACCAGCAGCCGGCUAACGAGAGACGACGUGAUUUUCUGCAGCUCAUGCUGGAAGCUCGAGACUCUGUUGCCCACGUGGGAGUGGAUCAUUUUGAUGUAGUGAACCAGGCUGACUUGGCAGCUCCGCAGAAAGGGAACGCCGACGAGCCCAGUAAGAAAACCAAAACACUCAACGAGGACGAGAUAUUAGGCCAGUCCUUCCUCUUCCUUAUUGCUGGCUACGAGACCACCUGCAGCCUCCUGUCUUUUGUCACUUACCUCCUUGUCGCCAACCCCGAGUGUCAGGAGACACUUCUUAGGGAAGUGGAUGAGUUUGCAGAAAAACACGAAAGCGCAGACUACAAUACGGUGCACGAUCUUCCGUACAUGGAUAUGGUGGUCUCUGAGGCUCUGCGUAUGUACCCCCCUGCCUUCAGAUUUGCCCGGGAAGCAACUCAUGAUUACACAGUGAUGGGGUGCAAGAUACGAGCUGGCACGGUGGUGGAGAUACCGGUUGGGUGUAUCCAGAAUGAUCCCCAGUACUGGCCGGAUCCUGAGAAAUUCCGUCCCGAGAGGUUCACCGCCGAAGAGAAACUGAAGCGUCACCCUUUCUCCUACCUUCCAUUUGGGGCAGGUCCCCGCAGCUGUAUCGGAAUGAGACUUGCCAUAUUGGAAGCUAAAAUUACCUUGUUCCGGAUUCUGCAGAAGUUUCGCUUUGAGAAGUGUCCCCAAACUCAGAUCCCGCUCCAGGUCACCACCGUGUCCACGCUGCGGCCUAAGAACGGAGUGCAUGUGAAAAUCGUGGCUCGCUAACACCUAAUCCUACCAAUGACGGCAAACCAGGCCCUACAUCAAGUCCAACGCGUUUACAUCCAGCAUCACCACCAAUGACGUAGUCACCGGUAUCUGCAUUGCGGUGAAUGUAUUGCAAACCCGAAAUGUGAAUCUGCGGAAAAACGGUGAUGGGUUGCUCCCUUGUUAAGGACUCUCACCGUUACAAAACAUGGAGGCAUCAGCUUGGCGGCGGCAUUAUGCACCGGGAGCCGCCACGUAGCGCACUACUGUAAUUCUAUUACGUGCCCUAUGCGUCAGGACCCAGAAGCAGCCGCCCUAGGAUAAUUACUGCGUUAUCCUCUUCCCAACCAGUGCAUUAUUAUUACAUGAUACUUAGCCCAAUGUGGAUUCUCCUUUCCCGGUUCUCUGUCGCUGUGGUGGGAGACGCUGGGGAAUGGGUGGGAGACAUGCGGCGGAGACUGGAAAGAUCACUGUAGAUUAUUACAUAGCACAUCGGUGUCAUGUUCCCCAAAUUAUCAGUACACCACGGUAUCUAGGACUAAUACUGAAAUGUAGAUGCUAGAAUCAAGUGGGCUAAUGGACCUUUUCCGUUUGGGGGAGGAGUCACAACACAAGGGGGAGGAGCAAGGCCAGCGGGAUAGUUCCUCUACUAUCCACGCCACCAACUAUUACCUUUAGUAAUCAGGUGGCGAGCGGAGCGGAGCGAGCCCGAAGCGUGGCGAGCGUACUUUUCGGGUACCCUGUUCGCCCGUAGCUCCUCCCCCUGGUGACGUGUCUCCUCCCCUAGAUACGUCAGAAGGUCCCUUCUGCCACUCCGAAAUAGAAUCAACCAAUACUGAAAGUUGUGUAAAGUGAUUGUCGUCACCUUGUUACAGAAGAAAUCCCCGUCAGUAUAAUCUUCUAUUCCAAACCUCUUGUAGCAAUUUGGGGCCUAAUUAAAGGGGCUAUAAUCUGUUUUUUUUUCUUCUAUUUUGUAUAAUACAAUAGAUGAAUGUUAUAUAUGCUUGGUAUAGGAAUUUUAGUUUUACACAGAGUAGAGUUGCCAUUGUUUCCCUUCUGUAUCACCUCCCCCCAGAGCUCUAGGGAUCUUCUCACAAUACAAUAGGUGAAGGCAAGGAACUCAUCCCUGGAAUUCUAGUUCAUUAGAUUGUGAGCUCUGCAGGGCAGAGUUCUCACAUAUGCAAUUGUUUGGAUUUACCCAGUAUGUCCCUGCAUGAUGUACGCCCCGUUAUUCCACGCAGUCAUGUGCUCUGGAGACAUGCAAAUCCACAAGUGCAACCAAUAGGAUGUUGGCCGACUACAACAGCCCCUGAACGCUGUUACAUUAUUGGUUGCUAUGGGUUACUGCACGAUACUCUUUGUACCAUGGAAGCCGGGCCGUCCCUUAUUAUAAUGUACAGGUAUCGUAUCACAUCUAUACUGUGUUCCGGUUACUUAAUGGAGAACCUAAUCCUGAAACGUCCAGUGUCAGACAGGGCGACAUCUUCUGCAGAUUCUUCAGCCGUUCAUGUAAAUAGAGAUUUUUAGAAAUAAAGUUUAAUGAAGCUUUC